UGGUAUAGAUGGAGACGAUCUUAAAUUCAUCCGACCCAGGAGGAAGUCAUGAAUACAUUGCCAACUUUUCAGAGGAAUGAAGAUCUUCUUUAGAAAGAAUAUUCUGUCUGUUGCUUUUCUGGGUACAGUUUUCUGAGAUGGCUUUUUGUGCGGUACAAAUGAUGGCUUGGCUGCUUGGGAUUGUUGGCAUGUUUGGAACGGUUAUUGUCACUCUGAUGCCUCAGUGGAAAGUAUCAGCUUUUACAGGAAACAAUAUCAUAGUCUUUGAGACUAUUUGGGAAGGCUUGUGGAUGGUAUGUGUCAGUCACAUCAAGAAUUAUCAGUGCGAAUUCUACAAAUCCAUUCUGGCCCUUCCACCUUUGUUAGACGCCGCUAGAGGAUUAAUGUGCACGGCUUGUGCGCUGUCAGUUAUUGCUUGUCUGACUGCUUUUGCUGGCAUGAAAUGCAUCCGAAGUCCAGGCAAUAAUGAACAAGUCAAAAGAAACAUUUUAUUCACAGCCGGAGCAAGUUUUUUCCUGGCUGGGGUCUUUGUGCUGAUUCCUGUUUCCUGUAUUGCCAACGAUAUCAUCGAGAAUUUUUACAAUCCAGAAAUCCAAGCUGCUCGGAAACGUGAAUUGGGAGCUGCUCUCUAUUUAGGCUGGAUCUCAGGUGCAUUUCUAAUUUGUGGAGGAGGCAUGUUUUGUGGUUUCUGCUGCUGUCCUGAAGAACCUGAAAUAUAUGAGCAUUCAGCACCAUGCAGCCAAAUCAAGCCUAUGGCAAUGCGUUCCUAUGUGUGAUUCCUUCAGGUCUGCAUCCUGAACUUGUCUGGGACAAAGAAAUGAAUUUUGGGAUUCUAACUUUAAAUCCAGGACAAUACAGUUAUGUAGAUCCAAUCAAUACCACUGAUUUGUUGAAACAGAUUUUCAUCUAGGAGUAUGCUCUUUGCGCAGAUCCCUUCCUUUACUUAGCAGUGCAACAUGUAACAGUAUGAAGACAUUGUAUUUGCUGCAACACUCUCAGACUGUGUAUAUAAGGUAUUGUGUUUUCAGGGAAAGAAAAUUAGAUUCAAUCUGUUUUCUCCUACUUUUGAAGUUCUAUUCAUCAGGAUGAAUGUUAUUCCUAACAUUUUGAUGUGAAGUGCAUGCUUAUAGACAGAUAGUGGGAUGCACACACACACGCACAACUUUCAGUUACAUUGAAGCAUUUGUGCUUUCACAUGUUGAAACCUGAAAACUUGCAAAUGAAUUUUAAAUCUGCUGAAAUUUCCUUCCUUCUAAAAUACUCUUGCUGAAUUUUUAGGAAAAAUCUACUAUAUUAUAGUUAAUAUCUAUUUUCUUUAGUUUUUUUUCUUUUUAAUUUAUUAAUGUGAAAAGUAAAAAAUUUAUCAAGCCCUAAUGUAGUUUUUUUCUGACCUAGAAAUCCCUAGAUCUGUGGAUUUUAACUCCCAGGCAUAUGAAGCUAACAUACCCAUUGCUAAGAAUUAUGGUUGUUACUGCAGCUAAAACAACCAAGGUUAGGGGAAAUUGGCUAAUUGGGUCAUAAUAUUUUGCUAAUAUUUCUGUUUGAUGGCUCAUGAUUAGUUCAAAAAACACAGAGGAAACAGAAAGGAGAUUAGUGCAUAAGAAUGGCCAGUACAACUUUAAUAGAGAGAACAAUUUCAAAGCAAGUGUAUUAAAGGAAUGCAUUAAUUUAAAAUUUGACAAAACUUAAUAAACAGGAAAAAUACAUUAAAGAGUGUCCCUGUUGUAAGAGAUUUGAUUUUGUAUGUUAUCCCUGAUUCUGUUUCUUUCCUAAGUUCUAUUUGCUAAAUGACACCUCUUACAUAAAUAUAUGAAUAAAGGCCUGGGAUCUGGUGAAUAAAAAAGCCUUUGAGUUUCUGGAAAAAUACAAUUUUUGGUGCAGUGUAAAUUAUUAUUGGAUUUUCCCAAUUUUUGCCAAGAAACUUAUAGUGUGGCUUCAGCAUUUGCUUGCUCAAUGUUCAAUAAAUUUCUGCAUAACC